GAGCCGUGUCACGCGUUAUCCAUGACUGAGUGACUCGACUGAGUCACUCAAUUGCCACCAACCACCAAAGAUUUUGGGAUGUUGUUUUGUUGCUUUUGUCGUCCAUUGGCUGGUCCUCGUCAAUCAUCCAUUGUGCGGCACUUGAUUACAAUCUUCGUCCAAGGUACAAUCGUGGUCUUCAGUUGUAAGCUAUCAUAGCCAGCUUCAGUCCAGUCCGCUGCCAAUCUCGGUCAAAGCUGAUUUAUUUCUGUACCCAUCCAUCCAUGCAUCGCCUUGGCAACAUCCGAAAAGCUACCACAAGACGGAGUCAGUGGAUACGAGCAUGGCAAAGGUCGAUCACUGCACGGGAAAGUCACCUCCUCAGAGAAGGGAGCAGCUGCCACACGUUUCCCCAAACGAAGCUCCCAAUUCCACCGUCGGCUCGACAGACUCCGAUUGCAUUUCUUGCUUUCCCCAAGAGGUCCUUUGCAGCAUCCACGAGCAAUGCUCCAGAAAUAUCCCAGUCUUUGGUGCAAGAUGAUAAUGACGUUGGAUCAGUGGAGGACGAUUUCUCAUCAUCUGACUUUUCAGACUCGGAAAAUUCAUCCAAAUCUCGGAGGAAAGCCCUUCAAGUUAACAAGAGUUUUGAGAAUGACGACGAGGAUAGUAAUUCAACAACUUCCACUACCACUAAGGACAGCAAACGAGACAACAUCCAGUCCAAGAAAAAGCGUCCAAACAACCGAAAAAAGAAAAACAAACGACGUCUGAACGCAAAAAAAUCGAAUAGUUCGCCUGACAAGGUGGUUUAUGCCGAACUGGAGAAAUUAUUCGAAGAGAUUGCACCCGUAUCCGUCCUCCAUACUAUCGAUGCCUUUUUGUUCAAAUUGGAACAGGCCAAAACGCCCAAACAGCGACAACGAUUGGUGGAUUCUGUUUUGUUAAAGCGAGAAGAUGACGACGACGAGGAAGGGGACGAAGAAGACAGCAGCAAACGAAAGAAAAGCAACCACAAUCAACAGUCCAAAAAACAAAAGAAGAAGAAAAAGAGAACGCCAGAACAGCAAGCGGCUUAUUGGAUGCAAGUCAAAAUUAUGAACUUUCUGGAUUUGCUACCGUUGCAUGCCAGGCCGGCCCAAUCCAUCCCCUCGCCAGCCAAACAAAAAGAGAGGCGUCUACGUGACACGGCCUCCAUUUUACGCCAUGCACGGGACAAAGUCUUUGCAGCAUCCUCCCAUGAUACGAGUGAUAGUGGUACCAAUAAUAAUGUCAUGGUAUGGAGCAGGGAUCGCUUGGGACGCAGCGUCAAGAUACGGACCAAGCUGCAUCAAGCACAAAACGAGAAGACAUUGCAACGACAAGCCAGAGAAAUGGCAUUGGUGUUGGCCGAACGACUGCCAACACACCGGUACGAAACCUUGAUGCAGUUUUGGGCCAAGUACAUUGAUCAUGAUAGCAGCAGCAGUGAAUCUUCCACCACCAAGACCUAUGUCAAGAACUUGUUCAAUCGCAUCGAUCAAAAACUCGGGGGGCAUGUGCACUUGGUAGCUCCGGAAUUUGCACGAUUCUUUUACUUUGAUGACGAUGAUACGGACGGCAACAGUAGUUUCGCCUACAAAGAACCGCGAAUGGUGGAAUCCAAAAAGGAAUGGGACAAGUUCAAGGAAAAGUUUGUGGACCGAAUGCUGGCACUCUAUCGCAGGUUGCACAAGACUUUGCCAAAGCCAAAGAACGAGGAAGCUGCCUAUGAUGCUAGCUUGUCCGUGUCCAGUGAUGUUGUCGAGGAAGAGGCUGAAGACGACGACGCAGAAGAGGAAGAAGAGGCAGAGCAAAUAAUGGAGGAAUUUGUAGCUACCAGUCUCAAAGAAAACGAGAACACACGUCAACCGCACCCCAAAAAGAAAAAGAGAGCCGCCAAGAAAUGGCAGCGAGUUCACCUCGUGUUUGAUACCGUAGCCAUCGAUCACCAACUACAUCAUGGCGGAGACAAAGAGUAUCCCUUUCACCACGACACAACCGUGUUUAUUGACAAUCUACCCAUUGACAUUACGGAGACCGAAGUGACGGAACUGUUUUCUCGAUGCGGGACUUUGGAGCACGUGGAGAUUUUCAAUCAACGACCGGCUUUAGACCCGGGGCCUUUGACGGCCACCAAGCGACGAAUGCUGGCCAAACAGGCGCGCAAGCAACGACGGGGUGGUAGAUGGACGCGUCCACGAACUCCCGUAUACGGCAUGCUGUCGUUUGCCGAGGAAGAAGGUGCUCGGGUUGCCUCGCAGGAUGCGCUGCGGAUAUUUGGCAUGAUUGUAAGGGGCCACUCGGUCCGCAGUAUCCGCGCCAAGGACAUGACGCGUUUGUACAUUGAUCACAUGAAUGAUGAUGAUGACGACGACGACGACAAGAAGAAACGCACUGGUAUGGAUGUGGAAUACAGUUUGAGCCAAUUGCUCAAUCCGGGGCUGUAUGUGAGUUUGGAUAUUAGCAGCACGAACGUUCACAGGGGCAGUCAACGAGCGGUUCCUACGAGUUGCGAAAUUAUGUUCCCUUCGUUUGAAGUGGCGAGCGAAGCUUUUGAAAGGCUCCGUAGUGAGUUGGAUGUCGUCAAGGAGAGUGAGGAGUGCAGCAUCAAUUGGAUGAGGACACCGCCGGAUGCGGAGCGCUACUGGACGCGAGAGCUAGGAGGAGUAAUGUAGCAAAGGUGGCUACGUAGCUAAGGUUGUAAUAGAUUCUAAUAGAAGAUCUAGAUACAUACAUUGAACAUCGCG